UAAUAUAAAACACAAUCUAUGGUAAUUGAAGAACGCGCAAAGUGCUGAAGUUUUCGUUGCGUGGUAGACCGUCCACUAAUCCUCGAUUUGAAAUUCAUGAUGGGCUGCGCAUAAGUUCGUUCCGUUGAAAUUGUUUAUGCCACUAAUCACGGGCAAAAUGCUGUGUAUAAGAGCGGUAUGACAAAUAUCCGGUUAUUUUCAUACUGUAUGCACUUCGGCGACUUGUCAGUCCGCGCGAGUGGAGGGUCUCAAAUGGCGCUUAUGUGCAAUCACUGGGAGUGCAAUGCUAACAAAUAGUCCAGCUGUCUUUGACAAAAUGGUAGGGUGCUCGCGUCCAGCGGGUGGUGAUAAAUUUUUACACACAUAAUUAUAAAAGCGUCUCCGGUGACGGGGUACAAUGAAUACUGAUAACCAUGAUCGAACGAAGCCCUGCGUUAGCAAGUCACCCGCGAGAAUCGAGCUUAAUGUCGACGAAAGCGCGUUCGACGGUAAACGAAUCAAGAAGGAACGAACUGACGUUUCUCCUGAGAAUGGUGAAGGUAGUAAUAAUGCCGGUAUUAAUGACAAUAACAAACAGUUACAGUCAAAUCAGCGGCUGGCUACCGGCAAAUUUUCAAACGGCUUCCACGACGACGACCUACUUCAAGAUAUUAUCGCGGCCAAGUUCACGGCCUUAACAAAUCAUGGAACAACCAAGUGCGACAAAAUUCGGCUCCUAAUCGAGGAUAGCAUCAGGUUAAUUGAAGAAUCAAAAACACAUAUUCAAGAAAUUUUUUCACAAAUUGAACAACUGAAAAUAGAAGAAAAAUUGUUGUUGUACCUGAAACUUCCAUUAUCAUUGACCAAUAGCGGGGCAACUGUUGAUCCUUUAAGACAACCAUUGAAUCCGCUAGGAAACCGUUAUGAAAUUCAUCAAACUAUCAUGUGGAUUAAAACGCAUUUGGAAGAAGAUCCAGAUGUUUCAUUACCAAAACAAGAAGUUUACGAAGAAUAUAAUAUGUAUUGUACACGAAAUUCUAUGAAACCUUUAUCAACUGCUGAUUUUGGAAAAGUUAUGAAACAAGUAUAUCCCAGAGUUCGACCACGCAGAUUGGGCACCCGAGGCAAUUCACGUUAUUGUUAUGCUGGAAUGCGUAAAAGAGUGAAGUUGGAUCCUCCAACAUUGCCUGAUAUAUCUGGCACUCAAAUUGGUGAUGAAGUAGAUGAAAAUAUUACUGAAGAAAUGUUAGGAGCUGCUUCUACGCUGAUCAGAGAAUGGGCAGAAAACCUGUUGGGUUUAAAAUUUCCAACUUUGAGUGCCUUAGCACGUCAUCUCGUUGAUAAUCUUUGUGUUGAUACUCGAUCUCUUUCUGCUGUGUGUAUAUUAUGUGGUUCAGGAAAUUCUAAUUCAUCGACAAAUAAAGAAUCGAGUACAGAUUUGCAUAUAACACCCAUAAGUGGGAAAUCUGGAAAACUCAGAGAAGCACAAUUACAAUUGCAACGAAAAUUACAGCAGCGAGAACAUAUAAGGGAUCAAAAGCAUCGUCAUCUUGAUACUAUUAUACAGAAUCAGAACAAAGAGAAGACUGUUGAUAAUAAAAUGGGGGUAUCUAAAGGAAAUAAGAAACUAAAAUUCAUUCAGUCAUCUCAAGGUACAAAUCCAUCAAGUGGGCAAAAUGCAUUAACUAAAAUAAGUUUAUCUGCUGUAGUAACAAAUAGGCAGAAAAAAAUUGUUAAAGCUAAUAGUCAGCCAUCUAACAUCUCCUUGGAAUCCAACUGUGAUAAUAUAGUGGUACAAUCGAUCGAAGACAUACAGAAUAGCAGUCCUAGUAUAACGACCAACUGUACGAAUACACAGCGUGAUAUCAAAUCCAAAAAUUCCAGAAAGCGUGCCAAUCCAGUUGUAUUGAAUCAAUCAUCAGAAACAAGCCCUGAAAAACAAACAAAACUUACAGAGCAGUUGAUACAAGAGAAUGUAGAGCAUUCCAAUAUGUUGUUGCCUAAACUUACAUCGAUACAACGUCCUGGAAAAAUAUCGGUGAUACUAGGUAGUAAUUUGAAAUCUACCAAGUGCAAAGGAAACGAGGCUGUCGACAAUCAGCCUACUAAAAACUGUGAUAUCGAAUCGUCAACAUGUUCCAAAAGUUGCAUUAAAGUAAACAAUUAUCCUAGCAAUUUUGAUCGUAGUUCAAACACAACCGAAGAUUCUACAGUUUUAACGAAAGAUCAGAUUCGAUUAUUGCAAGAAAACGUUGAUAAAACCGAGAAACUUGGCUCGAUCGAAUCGGAUGCUUUGGACGAUUAUUUAAACGGAGGUAACAAUUCCCAGGAGCAGGAAGAAGAAUUAUUACAGUAUUUUCAACAAAGUAAUUCAUCGAGUUCUGAUGUAGAAGCUAAUGGUAUCGCUAUCGAUGAACAAGUAUCAAGAUCUGAUAAAGUUUCACAAUUAAGAUUAAUUUUACAACAAAAUUUAAAAGCAGGAACUGUACACGCAUCCAGUGAUGUAUUACCUGCUGCUAUUAUUAGGCAAAACGUAGACAAACGUGAGAUAACUCAAAAGCAUAAUUUAAUAUUACCAACAUUGCUGAAUCAUUCGAAUCAAAAUAAUACGAGGCGUAGGGUCAGUUUUGAAACGAACGUUGUAGAACAUGUGCAAGAUUCAAAUGUCAUUACUAAUAGAGUUCCGCAAAGUCCAAACACUCGUCGUCGAAUAUUUAAUUUCACACCAAUAUCGCCUGGUCCGCAUUCACCCAUUAAUGGCCGCGCUUCUAAAUCAAAUUCAGCAAACGCCAGUCCGUUUGUUUCACCUCGGAAUACACCAGUACCACGUUCCAGAAGUAAUUUGCAAACGAGUAGUUUCAGAGUGCGUGCUCAUAAAUCGUUGUCGCGUUCGAUAUCCUGUAGUAUGCCUUAUACUAAUAAAAACGAUACCUUCGUUGUUCCCACCAGUGGUCCGGAUAUAAUUAGGCAAACAUCGUCUACGCCACAAUUACCGUUGAUUUCUACGAAAUCGUCGGAAGUACAGGUUGAUAGUGGUACCAUGCAAAUUUCUGUUAUACCAAAAAAAGAAGGACAAGGAUCACAGUGCGCUGCAUUUUUAUCUUCUGAUCUAGCACCACAGAAACAAUUACUUAUUAACUAUCCGAGUCAAGAAAAUUUGCAGGAAAUAAAAAAUGUUUACCGGAAAAGCCAACCUGAUCAAGAAAUUAGCGAAUUAUUUCAUAACAAUAAACAGUUUUCCAAUGAACUUUACAGAUCACAAUCAGUUCCAUUACACAGGAUGGUUAAUCCUGCAUUAAUGUCACCUAUCUCGACACAACACUGUUUACCUUCGUUUCAAAGUCACAGUUUUAAUCCGUCUACAAGCAGUUCUGUAGCACCUACACCAGUACCUAGCGAGUUUAACGAUUUCGGAUCGAUAGGUCAAUCAGAAGGAACUUCAGCGUACUUACUCGACGAUGUCGAUCCAAAUUUCAUAUCGGACGAUCAACAUUUCUUAAUGAGUGAUAAGGAAAUUACAUCUGAAAAUAUAACGAAUAUAUUAAAUAUUUUGAACGUAGAAGGGACACAAAGUUUAGAGAUUUUACCAGAGCAACCUACAGAGGAAAGCCUGAUAGAAAAUAAUUCAAUAGUGUUGGGUGCUCUACCAAAUUCAAAUCUAAGCCUGUCAGAAGAGGAUAUGCUGGAUUCGUCGAAUGUACUGAAUGUUCCAGAAGGUGGAACCUUACAGAAAAUAAUACAGUCGCGUUCUUAUCCUAAUACACCGCUACCUGUGUCAGUGUGUGCAUACGCACCAUCUUAUACUGAAGAUAGUAAUGGAUCAAGAUCAUAUCCUUCUACACCGUUGCAUACAGUUCAGUCGCAAGAAACUUAUCAGGAGACUAACGAACCGAUACUUUCAAGUCCCACUUUGAACUCUUUAAACUUACACAAUGAAUCUGUAAAUGAAUCUACUUCUAUCAGUUUGUGUAGGAACGUUGUGGAUUUACUCGAAGCUAAUUUUCUAGGAGAAACUGAUACGGAAACGAACGAUUUAGACCCACUUAGUAAUUUUGAUGGAUUGCAAGAUGUUGAUUCAUUGACACCUUUAUUCAAUGAAGUAACAGAGCCUAAUCGUUGAAAGCAUAUAUGCAAGAAAAUUAUUUCAUGGAUUUUCUGAUUUUGCAUAAUGAUCUACCAAAGGUUGGAAAAAUAAUUCUUAAAUUAUAUGUUUGCAUGAUUUUAUUCUAUAGCGAUAAUACUAUGCAUAAGUAUUCUAUUUUAAUAUGUGACAGUAUAAACAAAUGUAAAAUCUUAGUUCCUAGUGUUAACAUCAGACGUUCGAAGUCACAGUGAUCGAAUAAAGAUACAUCAGUUUAAGC